GCAGGACUCCAGGCCAUUAAUCCAUCUUCCCUUCCAAGGCGAGCCUGUACCUGCGCCUCUCUUGUUUGUCUUGACCUUUUCUUGUCAUCGUGUCUUAAGCCACGCUAAUAACCUGCCCUUCGUGUACCACACACAUACGAUACUCUGCCCCCCACCCGACCAAGUCCGUCACUUCCGUCCUCCCUCUCAUGGGCUCUGGCUCUCGUCAACGACUUCCCCUACACACCACACCACGCUCGUUACUGUAGACGGUGCAUCAUCAUCCCGCCGUCAAGAGAAGAAGAAUACAAGAGAAAAAGAGAAGACGUACAGGUUUCACUCGCUUCUGCCCGACCAUUACUGCUGCGCCAAGUAGCCCUUCGACACAUCCUCCAGCCAUCCACAAUCCAGAGCUCUCCGAAUCCAGCUCCAGAAUCCGCUUUCCAACCCAGCCAGCCAACCCGCCCAGCCCGUCCCAUCCAUCCCAUCCAUCCCAUACCAACCUUGGAAUCCACGGAUCCGACGGCCUCUCCCGCACAGACUGCAUUCAAACGCAACCAGGCAGCUCAGGGACACAACUUGAUCAUCCUCGUCAUCGUGGUCAUCCCAUAGUGUGUGUGCCUUCCCGUCCCAGUCCUCCUCCAACCCCAACCCCCUCGGACUCCCCGCGACUUGACUCGACUCGACCCAACGCUUCCUCCCUUUCGAACCGCUGCACACCAGCGCCACACCGGAGGCCCGACGCGACAACAAACCAACGCUUGAACUUCGCCUUUGACUUCGACGUUGACAUAGACUCGGCACACCUCCAUAGAGGGCGCGCACGAUCUAGGGGUGCCUCGCCACCGAACACCGUACAUGAUAAUACCGAGAGGCGACGAUUGACACGAAGCAUUCCAACGUACAUACCACUACAUACCAUACGCGACAUACAUUGUUCCAAGCAAGACACAACCACGCGCUGGUUCCGGCACCCAUUCUGUUCGGCUGCACGCCACGAGUUCUUGUAUCCAACCGGCCGUCUGCAUUGAACCGAAUAUAUCAACACCAGACAAUAUUGUCACCAUCUGUAAUAUCUAGUCUUUUUUAACCUUCACGAUGGCGCAAACGACCAUCGUCCCCUUCUCGACGCUACCCGCCUGCGUGUCGAGCUGUGGCCCCCUCUACGACGUGAACGGUGCCUGUGUGCCCCCAGCCGCACCAACAGCCGACGCCUCAGCCUAUGACGCCUGUUUCUGUUCCGAUGCCCGCCUCGCCCCAUACUCGACCACAACAGCAGGCCCCUGCGAUGCCGCCUGCGCCGCAGAUCCCUCGGGCCUCGCCAGCCUCACCGACUGGUACAAGGGCCUGUGCGGCAACAUCGCCGAGGUAGCCAGCUCCUCCUCGUCCAGCAGCUCCGGGAGCUCCAGCAGUUCAUCGAGCUCAAAUUCAGGCGGUGGUGGCGGUACUUGGCUCGACGGCCACUGGCGCUGGGUCGUCUUCAUCAUCGUCAUGGUCCUCGGCAUCGCAGGCAUCUGGAUCGGCGCUGCCUUCUGGCGGCGCUCCUACCUGCGCAAGAGGGACCGCCAGUACGCCCUUGGCAAGAACCUCGCCCAGCGGACGAGCUCCGGCCAGAACCCCUACGGAGGCGGCGUGCCCGGCGGGACGCCCACGCGCUCCGACGGCUCCAUGCACCCCGGGCGGCCCGGCGUCUUUAUGCCCGCCAGUAUUUCCGAAGCCAACGUCUACGAGACGGAGAAGCCGGCCAAGACCAAGGACAAGUGGCGUGUCAGGACUUAGAGUGGAUUGGCAAGCAGCGGACCAGCGAAGAAGGGAGGAAACAAGGAAAACAGUAAUGACUCGGCCGAUUAUCUACGACUAUUAAGGGGCUCCUCGGGAGGGUAAACAGCUUCUCGAAGAGGCUGCUGCAUUUGUUUUCUCUACAUGUCAUUCCGGACACACGCCUGCAUCCGAGAAACGGUCUCAACGAGCAGGUUGUGUGGUCCGACUGGCCAGACUACUGGGUCGGGAUACCUCCAAAAAGAAAAGGGCGGGCCGGCGUUUAUUGUCUUUUGGUUUUUGGCUAUUUCCAGAGUGUAGGCGACGACACGUCCGUCCGUACUGCACCCAGGAGGCGUUUUUACCGUGGGGGGCUGAGGCUACGGCUAUCGGUCUUGAUUUUUGGAAGGGGGACAAGGGAACGAGAGAAGUGGAGGAGGGGAUUAUCCUAACAAACUCAACAAUGUGGUUUGUUAUCUAUCGGCCUUGUUUGUGAAGCUUGAGGGGGGAGAGGUACAAGAGAAGUCUUGUUAACAUCCCCCGGCACGCCACUCAUCGCCAGAGCACUCCUCACACUACGAAUCUCCUAGUCUUGUCUCUACUGGCUACAGGCAUCAUAUCAUCUAUAUACAGUCUCAAUAUCAAUAACCUGAACCUGCCAACCUCCACUCCUUCCUCCCUGUACCUGCGCAUCUGUGGGUGGGAGGUGUGGUGGGUGGGAGGAUUUCAGCUCUCACUUA